UAACAAUAAGAGCCCAAGACCGAUUUUGGGCCAGACCCGACAAUCAAUUUUAUUUAACCAUUUCGUGCUAAACCACUGCCAUCGUCUACUUCGUUUUAGGGUUUUUGUUGGUUAGAGUGGUUUCGCUGGUCUUCCAACUUCCUCUGCCAACAUGGUUCUUCAGAAUGAUAUUGAUUUGUUAAACCCUCCAGCUGAGCUUGAGAAGAGGAAGCACAAGCUCAAACGACUUGUUCAGUCACCAAACUCUUUCUUCAUGGAUGUAAAAUGUCAGGGUUGCUUCAAUAUAACCACUGUCUUUAGCCACUCUCAAACUGUUGUCGUAUGCGGUAACUGUCAGACUGUGCUGUGCCAGCCAACUGGUGGACGAGCAAGACUAACAGAGGGCUGCUCUUUUAGGAAGAAGGGAGAUUAAAUGGUGUGUAAUUUUACUUUGUCCAUGGAUGGAGAGUUUUUCUUGUGAGGCUUAAAAAUGGAAUCAAUGUUUUUUCAUAUUUUAGUUUCCAAUGUAUUAAAUUGUAAGACUUGAUCCCACAAUCUUUUUCCAAGACUUUAAUCUAGUUUUUCUAUUUACUCUUUGUCUAUCUAUCUAGUUAUGAUAGAUGUUUGCUUUUUUGGUCUCAUGUUACCAUCUUAAUGAAUAUGGAUUUACUAGUUGUAUGAUUUUAUAUUGUGAUUUUAGUUGAUGCUUUGUUCUA